AUUCAUGGUACUCCAUUGAAAACAGUUGAAGCUGAACAUUCUUUCUCCAGUUUGCUUGAGCUUGCAGCUGAUAACGACGUCAAGGGCUUUAAGCAGUCUAUCAGCGACCCUGCUGUGGUUAAUGAGAUUGGACUUUGGUAUGGUCGCCAUAGCGCUUCAAGACGAAUGGUUCUUGAGUAUAGGACUCCGUUAAUGGUCGCUUCUAAGUAUGGUAGUGUUGACGUUGUGAAACUGAUUCUCUCUCUUUCAAAGGCGGAUGUAAACUUCUCUCUCGGCCCAGAUAAGACCACUGCCCUUCACUGUGCUGUGUCUGGUGGGUCUGAAAAAGCUGUUGAAACUGUGAAGGUUCUUCUGCAGGCUGGUGCAGAUCCCAAUGCUACUGAUGCCAACGGAUGUUUCCCUUUAGAUGUUAUUGUUGCUCCUCUGAAUUGUUCCAAUCUGAAGGUUGUGCUUCAAGAGCUCUUACAAUAUGGUGGUUCAGUCCAUGCUUUAAGUGUUAGUUUUGGAUUUAGUUCACCAUUUCUUUCAACGACUCCGACAAAUAAUUCCUUGCCAUCAUCAAUCCCUGAUUCAACAUGUAACACUUAUGACAUACAUGGUUCUUCUACACCUGAAAAGAAAGAACACCCUUUUGAUCUGUCACUUCCCAACAUCAAGGAUAGCAUUUAUGCCACAGAUGAGUUUCGAAUGUUUUCAUUCAAGAUCCGGCCUUGUUCGCGAGCCUAUUCACAUGAUUGGACUGAAUGCCCUUUUGUGCAUCCUGGUGAGAAUGCAAGGAGAAGAGACCCGAGAAAGUUCCAGUAUAGUUGUAUGCCAUGCUUGGAUUUUCGCAAGGGGACAUGUAGACGUGGAGAUUUAUGUGAAUAUGCUCAUGGGGUUUUUGAGUGCUGGCUUCAUCCAGCACAGUAUAAGACUCGACUCUGCAAAGAUGGCAUGAGUUGCUUGCGUCAGGUUUGCUUCUUUGCCCACAAACCUGAGGAAAUGCGACCCUUGUAUGUUUCUACUGGAUCUGCCAUGCCAUCCCCUCAUUCAGCAACCUCUGCUGCUGCUUUCAUGGACAUGGCUGCAACUUUGAACGUGCUGCCUGGCUCGACCAAAGCUGUGCAGGCCAUGUCACCUCCUUUUACUCCUCCCAUGUCUCUUCAUGAUGGUAUUUUCGACUCUUCCAUGGCAUGGCCUCAACAAUAUAUCCCCGGUUUGUAUCUACCAGGCAGCAAUAUUCAGGCAAGUCGUCUGAGAUCUUCUUUUAAUGCAAAUAAUGUUCCUACCGAGGAGGUUAACAUGUUGCAUAAUUUUGAAAUGGAACAACAGCAAUCAUUUCAUGAUGGGUCUUCCUUCUCGCAUUCGUACAUCAGUGCUUCCUCAAUGAGUCAUCCUCGCCGUCAAGAAACCUUGACACCUUCAAAUCUCAAUGAUGUUUUCGCUUCCCAUCUCUCAUCCCCUCGAUUUGCUGACCAACUUGCAAACUCAUCUGCUUUCUCAUCCUCAAAAAUAUCUAUUGUUCGCAAUCAACUCCACCAGCAACAAUCAAUGUUAUCUCCUAUCAGAACAAAUGUGUUCUCUCCAAGGUUGGUUGACCAGAAUCUCUUGCAAGUUCCAUUUGGUCUUUCCUCACUGAGGAUGAUGUCACCUCGAAGCAUGGAGCCUCUUUCUCCAAUAGGCACUAGGGUCUCUACUCUUGCUCAGCAAGAGAAGCAGAAGCCGCUAUACAGCCCCAACUCAUGUGAUGCUGGAUCCAAUGGUGUUGGUUCCCCUAUGUCUAUGUCAAAAUGGGAGUCUAGCAGUGCAAAACUAGAUUGGUCUGUUCAAACAGAUGAGCCGGGUCAUUUAAGCAAAUUAAGUUAUACAGAACACAAUGUCAACGAGCCUGAUGUUUCAUGGAUUCAAUCUCUGGUGAAGGAAUCACCAUCUGAUGCAAAGGAAAUCACAUCUGUUCCAGAAUCAGGCACACUGCUACCUAUCGAGUGUUCUAAUUGAAACGUCAUGCAGUUUCCAAAGCAGGGAUUGAGCAGUUGCAGGUUUACCAACAUGUUGCUGAGUGAAAACGAAAUCAUUUUUACUGGGCUUGGAGUCGGAGGUAGUUACAACAGAAAUACAAAUUCUUGAGUGGGUUGGUAACAGUAACACUAGAAGGAGGAUACUGAACAAAGUCUACAGAAAAGAACCAUUCAUUUUUUUUUUUUUGGUUGAAAAACGGGGCUAAAAGCAAGAGCCCAAACAAACCUACUCAAUAAUAAAUCUAGACCGGGAAAGUCAAUCCUCACGAAUAAAACUCUAUGAGAAGACCAACCCAGGUGAAGGAUCUUCUCUCUCAAGUCCCAAGUCUAUCGUUACUUAGGUAUUUAAAUUUCUUUUUUACCCUUAAAUUAUUUGUUAUUUAAAAGCAAAACUGCAGAAGCUCUUGUUUUACCAUUUUUUGUUUAUAUUAUUUUGAGCAACUUUUUUCUUUCUUCCAAUGUCAGACGCAUCUUUGAUACUGUAAUGAAAUUAAGAAAUAAAUAUAUUUAUUUAUUUUUCCUGA